CUUCCACUAAAAGGACUCAACAGUUCAAACUUUCAAAGGUGUGGGAUCCAUUAUCCACCCAAAGAGCCUAACCACCACUAUCCACGAAUUGGUGGCUUAUGUACCGGUAAAAGGCCGCACUGAAUUUAAAUUAUUAGGUCAAAUCCCAUUUGCUAACAAAACGUCACAUUGGAAUUAUACUACCACUUCACAUCAGCUUCUUGGGUUCUGAACUUUAACUUUUAAGCUCUGUCUUUUGUCUCUAUUUCUUGGUACUAGUGUUUGAUAAACCCAAGGUUUCUCAGAAGAAUCCUCAUGGAAGUUAAGGACAUGUUGUUCAAUCUAUCUUAAUUCAGGAUUUAUGUUGUAUGAAGCACCAUAGGAAGAGAAGGGGAAAAGAAAAGUUGAACUGUACUAACUUUGUAGUGAAGUUACAACAGAAGAUUCAAAGAGAAUUCUUCCCCAACUUUUCCCCUUUUUCUUUCCACUUUCCUUUUCUUGCAUGCCAACUCUUUAGGAUUCUCAUUUUUUCCAGUAUCUCAAGAGUUCCUCUCUUUCCAAAUUCAAAUCUUCUGAAGUUGAAUGAGUUCAUAUGGGUUUUUAUGUUUCAUAUUGUUUUGAAGGAUGGGAGUGUGUUGUGAUCUUGAAGUAGAUGUCAAUGGUGAAGCAACUUUUUUGGUGGACAAGAGAAUCAUUCUUUCUUUCUCUGGUAGGCUAAGGAAGUUAAUAAGAACAACCACAGAUGUAUCAAGGGGUUUGAAAAUUGUCUUACAUGGAUUUCCAGGAGGUCCUGAAGGCUUUGAACAAAUUGCAAGGUUUUGCUACAAUGGUGGAAGAGUUGAAAUCACCCCAUCUAACAUAAUCCUUCUUCACUAUGCAGCCAGGUUCUUGGAGCUGGAAUGUCCUACUGACUCUGCCGAGACUCACUUGAUAGCUGAAACCAAAAAAUUGCUUCAAGGGCUGAACUUUUGGAGCUGGCCUGAGCUUUUAUUAGCCUUGAAACAGUACCAAAUUUGUGCUUCAAUCAGGAAAGAUUCAUCUUUGGUUAAAAAACUUCUGGAUUCCCUCAUAAGCAGGCUUGGUUUUACUAGUUAUGAAAGUACUUGUUCAUCUUUUUCUACUAGCACUAGUUUUCGUUAUUCUUACGACACAAGAAGCCAUGAUAGUUCCAGCAAGUUCACAAGAACAACUUGGUGGUUUCAAGAUUUGGUGUUCUUGAAUAUUGACUUGAUCCAUAAACUAAUAAAAAUGAUGGUUUCUCAUAAUUUUGACCACAAGAUAAUCAGCAAGUUUCUAUUUUUCUAUAGAAAAUCAAGACCUUGUCAUUCUGAACCAGCUCAACAGCGGAGAAUCACUCAAGGAGUUAUCAAUUUGCUCUGUUUGCUUGAUCACCAGAAUUCUUUUUCUUGUGAUGGCUUGUUUGAUAUAUAUCAAGUAGGUCUGAGCUUGAAGAUAAGUAGAAAAUCUAAACAUAAACUAGAGGUUUUGAUGGGUUCACAGUUGGAUCAAGUGACAGUGAGCCAUUUGCUUAUUCCUGCUCCCCGUGGAAAGGAUUAUGUGUAUGAUGUGAAUUUGGUUCUAAGGCUUUUAAAGUUCUUCCAGAUUGAAUCCAAACUAUUCUUGUUCCAGCUUUGUAAUUUUGGGAAAGUUACUAAAUUGAUAGAUUCAUACCUGAUGGAAGUAGCUCCAGAUUCACAUCUAAAGGCCUCCAAGUUUAGUGCUUUAGCCAUGGCAAUGUCACAUUCAAGAGAAUCUCAUGACAAACUUUAUCAAGCAAUUGAUUUGUACUUUCAGGUUCAUGUUGAAUUAUGUGAAGAUGAAAAGAUCAGAAUCUGUUCUGCACUGAACUACAGUAAGCUAUCUAACGAAACUUUGAAGCAUUUGGCACAAAACCCAAAAUUUCCAUGUAGAAGAGCAAUCAAAUCUCGUAUUUCCAAGCAAGAUAGCCCUAUAGAUUUGUUCUGUCACACUAUGAUCAGUAAAGUUUUAAGAGAGACUCCUUUUGGUUGCACUUCUAAUGGAAAUGCAGGUAAAAGAAGAGAUGAAAGCCAUGAGUCCAAAAGCCAUAUCAUUAGAGAAAAAUCAAAGUGUGUGUUCUGAUUGAGCUAGUGAUUGUGAUCAAUUAAUUUUUCAAGUUGUAACAUAUGAGAGAUAGAAGAAAUCAAAUGAUUCUUUUGAUCUGUGUAGGUAAGAGAAUUAUGAGAAGAACUUAUUAUAUGUUUGGAUAGGCUUUUUAAGUUCUUGCGGUUCAAAAUUACUUUUGAUGUAAAAUAUUUGUGUUUUAGAUAUAAUCGGUGGUUCUCUAUCAUUAUUAUU